GCAUAUAUCGGGAUCACUCUCUAAAACUCCUCCACAAAGUCGCGCACUCUUUCAUCUCUGUCUUGCUCUUGAGAGCAAAUAAUCAAAUGGCGCAUUCCAAAGCUCAGAGAAGCGUCCUCUUAAUCUGCGGCGAUUUCAUGGAAGACUAUGAGGUAAUGGUUCCGUUUCAAGCAUUGCAGGCAUACGGUGUGUCUGUUGAUGCAGUUUGCCCUGGAAAGAAAGCCGGAGACAUUUGUCGCACCGCUAUUCAUCAGGGUUCUCCUCAUCAGACCUAUUCUGAAUCGCGGGGUCACAACUUCACACUCAAUGCAACAUUUGAUGAGAUUGAAGCUAGCAAAUAUGAUGGGUUAGUAAUACCCGGAGGACGAGCUCCAGAAUAUCUUGCCAUGGACAUUUCUGUUUUAGAAUUGGUGAACAAAUUUUCCAAAUCUGGAAAGCCAAUCGCCUCAAUUUGCCAUGGACAACUGAUCCUGGCAGCUGCAGAUUCAGUUAAAGGUAGGAAGUGCACGGCAUACCCAACUUUGAAGCCUGUGCUCAUUGCUGCAGGUGCGCAUUGGGUAGAAGCAGAAACCAUGGCAGCAUGCACUGUUGAUGGAAAUCUCAUAACUGGGGCUACGUACGAAGGACAUCCUGAGUUUAUUCGGCUUUUUAUAAAAGCACUAGGAGGCAAAAUAACUGGUUCAGAUAAACGGAUUCUAUUUAUCUGUGGGGAUUACAUGGAAGACUAUGAGGUAAUGGUUCCUUUUCAGUCCCUUCAAGCUCUUGAAUGCCAUGUUGAUGCUGUUUGCCCCAAGAAGGGGGCAGGCGAUAAGUGCGCAACAGCUGUCCAUGAUUUUGAAGGUGACCAGACUUACACUGAGAAACCAGGCCAUGACUUCACCCUUACAGCAAAUUUUGAAGGCUUAGAUGCUUCAAGCUAUGAUGCUCUUGUGAUACCCGGGGGCCGAGCUCCUGAAUACCUGGCACUGGAUGGAAAAGUCAUUCAAUUGGUGAAGGAAUUCAUGGAUGCCCAAAAGCCUGUAGCAUCCAUCUGCCAUGGACAACAGAUUUUGUCUGCUGCUGGUGUUAUCAAGGGUAAGAAAUGUACUGCCUACCCUGCUGUGAAACUCAAUGUGAUUUUAUCUGGGGCAACGUGGAUAGAACCUGAACCAAUAAGUCGUUGCUUCACGGAUGGGAAUCUGGUGACUGGAGCAGCUUGGCCAGGUCACCCUGAGUUCAUCUCUCAGUUUAUGGGGCUGCUUGGUGUCCGGGUAUCGUUCUAGUUGUUUAUCAUGUUUUUCAACUUGCAUUGUACGUAUCUGCUGAGUUACGUAGAGCACAUGUUUAAAUGGCUUUCUGUAUGCGCACCUUUGAGAAAAAUUAUGGCAAUCUAUGUUGUGUUUUUUGUAUGAUGAUUUCAUGCUGUUGAAGGAAUAAUAUUAUCACACUGGGUUAUGCAGCACUGAUAUAGUGCUUGUUUAGGAACUGGUCAUGGUACUGAUUAAGUUGGGUAUGCGUGUGUAACUAAUAAUUAUAGUAUGGACAGCUUCCUUAUAUCAUGGUUUUUCAUGAAGCUUCUUUUUA